GUAGACUUAAAUAUCUUCAUGAAAACUCAACAAACAACGCAAAAAUGGGCCACAGCAAUAAAUCCCUAUCGAUAGACCUGGAUGAACUGCUUAAGAAUAAAUUCACAUCCAGUUUCCGGUCGGGUUAUACCCAUUACAAGGGUCACACUCUUCCGAAACGUUAUGAAGAGUUGCAGGAAGCCAUUGAUAACUUUGAAGUAUACGAUGACGAUGUGUGGAUUUGCAGUUUCCCGAAAACAGGAACAACAUGGAGUCAAGAAAUGAUUUGGUUGAUUGCCAACGACUUUGAUUAUGUGUCUGCUGAAGAGAAUUUGGGGGCACGUUUCCCAUUUUUAGAGGUGUCUAUAGUUUUUGAUUGGAGACAGUUGCAAGCAGAGAAUGAAGAUUUCGUCCCUCCGAUAUUCCUAGAUGAUUCGUUGAAGUUUACAAGGGAAGCAAAACGUCCCAGGUUUAUCAAAACCCAUUUACCGUGGUCAUUACUACCGAAGCAGCUACAAGAUGGAAGCAAGCGCCCGAAAAUUGUUUAUAUUACACGUGAUCCUAAGGUUGUUUGUGUUUCGUAUUUUCAUCACGUGAGGCUUUUGGAAGGGUUCACGGGAAGUUUCGAGGAGUUUUUUCAACUUUAUGUCAAAGGAAAAGUAAUUUUUGGUCCAUUCUGGGAUAAUGUCCUUCCAUUUUGGAAUAAACGACAUGAUAACAAUAUGUUGUUCAUAAAAUACGAAGAUAUGAAGUCGAACUUAUCGGAAGUAGUGGACAAAACAGCUGGGUUCUUAGGAAAACAAAUGUCUGAUGAGGAGAAGAACAAACUCUUAAAACAUUUGAGUUUUGAGUCGAUGAAAACCAAUAUGGCGGUUAACUACGAACCGAUUAUAGAUUUCCAUCGAAAGCAUAAUUUGGUACAUGUGGAUGGGGCUUUCAUGAGAUCAGGUUCCAAGGUAAACAGAAAAAUGGAACUUUCACAAGAGAUGGAUCAAGUUAUGAGUGCGUGGAUUGAUGAAAACGAUCCGAAUAAUGAAUUAGGUUAUUGUUAUCGUCAAUCAAAAAUGUGCUCCUCAACAACUUUCGAAAAUCUCACCAAUGAAGACCUAAUUACUGUAUACGAAUCUUACAUACCCAAAGACCUACAUCAUGGGUUCUACAAAUUUCGUGGAUACAACUUCACAUCACUCUAUGAAAACAUUCAACAAAGCAUCGAAGAUCUAGAAGUGUUUGAUUCUGAUAUUUGGGUGACCAGUGUUCCAAAAUCAGGUACAACAUGGUUAUCUGAAACAGUAUGGUCCAUCUGCAACGACCUUAAAUCUCCAAUAGCUAAAACUCCUCUCAACACCCGUGUUCGUUUCCUAGAAUAUUCUUCCCUCUUCCAUUUUGAUGAAAGCGAUGACACCGCACCUUCUGAAGUGAAUAACUCCGUGCGUAAAGUGAUUGACAUGCCCUCACCAAGAUUUAUAAAGUCACAUUUACCUUGGCAAUGUCUACCACAAGAAAUCCGCAGUUUCAUAAAACGCCCACGUGUCAUACACGUGGCAAGGGAUCCGAAAGAUGUCGCUGUUUCAUUUUAUCAUCACAAUAGACAUUUUAGAGGGUUUUCAGGGUCUCCAGAGUUGUUUUAUGAGAUGUUUCUAAGAGGACUCAUGCGUUGGUCACCCUAUGAUAAAAACGUAUUAUCUUAUUGGGAACAACGUAAAGAACCAAACGUGCUUUUCUUAAAAUUCGAAGAAAUGAAGAAAAAUAUGCCUGGGGUAAUAAAAAAGAUCGUUGGAUUUUUAAAUGUGGUUGUGAGUGAUGACAAGAUGGCGGAGUUAUUGCAACACUUGAGUUUUGAAAAUAUGAAGAAGAAUAAAGAUCUUGGGGUGGAUGAUAUCGUCAAGUAUAUUAAUGAUAAGUAUUUGCACAACAGUGAAGAAGAAGCAAAGUUUCUGAGAAAAGGGGAGACAGGUGCUCAUAAGAGUGAAAUGAGUGCCAAAAUGGCGGCGAGAAUUGAUAAAUGCAUGAAAUAUUCUAAUAUUUGUUAAAAAUUUUAGUGGUUUUGUAAUAUUAUACUAAAAAAUAAAUUUACUUAAUUGUUA